AUGGAGCGGGAUCUCCCCGGCACUCCUGCAAGGGAGAGACGUCUGCCUCCCUGGCAAGACAUGGGCCAUGAGCCACCAGCCCUCUUCCACCCAGGCCCUCCCACCUCUAUAAACACCAUAACAAUAAUUAUCCCGUCAGCCGGAGACUUAAACAUUCUUGACGUCCUAACAUCUGACAAUCGGUCUUCAACGGUUUUUCUUAUAUUUCAACUUUUAAAUCAUGCCAACUUGCUUCCACCCUCAGCAGAAAUCCCUGAUGACUCAGAAAUGGAUCUUGACCCGCUAGCUGAGAAUCACUUCUCUGAUAGUGUUACGUAUGAGGAACAGGAAGUUGAUGGUGGCAACCUCAAAAUGGGUGACAUGAAAUAUUUUUGCGUGAACGCUAAGGGAGCCACAGCCCAGGAAGUAGCUAUGGCAAAAAAUUUAUUGAAAUUCAAAGAGUUAAGACACAUCUACGCUUAUGACUGUAACAAAUACAUCCCCCAAAACGCCGCGCCGCCGCCACCCGCCGCCGGCAGCGGGCCCGCGGCGACGGGGGGCGGCGGUACUGGCGCGGCGCUGGGCCUGUCGGCGGGGAGCAGCGGCACCAGCAGCGGUGGCGGAGGAGGAGGAGGCACCAGCGCCCCGGCGCCGUUCCCUCACGGCGAUCCGGCCCUGAACGAACAGGAGAAAGAGCUGAAGCGGCGGCUGAAGAGGCUCUACCCGGCCGUGGAUGAGCAGGAGACGCCGCUGCCCCGCUCCUGGAGCCCGAAGGACAAAUUCAGUUACAUCGGCCUCUCUCAGAACAACCUGCGGGUACACUACAAAGGUCAUGGAAAAACUCCAAAAGAUGCUGCUUCUGUUCGAGCUACACAUCCUAUACCUGCAGCCUGUGGCAUAUACUAUUUCGAAGUUAAAAUUGUCAGUAAGGGAAGAGAUGGUUACAUGGGAAUUGGGCUUUCGGCACAGGGUGUGAACAUGAACAGACUACCAGGUUGGGAUAAACAUUCAUAUGGUUACCACGGAGAUGAUGGACAUUCAUUCUGUUCCUCUGGAACUGGACAACCCUAUGGCCCAACGUUUACUACGGGUGAUGUCAUUGGUUGUUGUGUCAACCUUAUCAAUAAUACCUGCUUCUACACAAAGAAUGGACACAGCUUGGGCAUCGCUUUCACAGAUUUACCGCCAAACUUGUACCCUACAGUAGGGCUUCAAACACCGGGAGAGGUUGUGGAUGCUAAUUUUGGACAACACCCAUUUGUAUUUGAUAUUGAAGACUAUAUGAGAGAAUGGAGAACCAAAAUUCAAGCACAGAUUGACAGAUUUCCGAUAGGAGAUCGGGAAGGAGAGUGGCAAACAAUGAUUCAGAAAAUGGUAUCAUCUUACUUAGUUCACCAUGGAUACUGUGCAACGGCAGAGGCAUUCGCCAGAUCCACAGACCAGACUGUGCUAGAAGAAUUAGCUUCUAUUAAAAAUAGACAAAGAAUUCAGAAAUUGGUUUUAGCAGGAAGAAUGGGAGAAGCCAUUGAAACAACACAACAGUUGUAUCCAAGUUUACUAGAAAGAAAUCCUAAUCUCUUAUUUGCAUUAAAGGUGCGCCAGUUUAUAGAGAUGGUGAAUGGUACAGACAGUGAAGUGCGGUGUUUGGGAGGCCACAGUCCAAAGUCUCAAGACAGUUACCCUGUGAGCCCACGGUCAUUCAGUAGUCCUAGCAUGAGUCCCAGCCAUGGAAUGAAUAUUCACAAUUUGGCAACAGGCAAAGGGAGCAGCACACACUUUUCUGGGUUUGAAAGUAGUUGCAAUAAUGGAGUAAUAUCAAAUAAAGCGCAUCAAUCUUACUGUCACAGUAAACACACGACCACCAGCUUGAAUGUACCAGAGCUCAACAACAUAAAUGUAUCAAGAUCACAGCAGGUUAACAGCUAUACCAGCAAUGAUGUAGACAUGGAAACAGAUCACUACUCCAAUGGGGUUGCUGAGACUUCAUCCAAUGGCUUCCUAAAUGGUAGUUCUAAACAUGAUCACGAAAUGGAAGAAUGUGACACAGAAAUGGAAGUAGAUUCAAGUCAGUUGAGACGUCAGCUGUGUGGUGGCAGCCAGGCGGCCAUUGAGAGAAUGAUCCAUUUUGGAAGAGAAUUGCAAGCCAUGAGCGAGCAACUAAGAAGAGAAUGUGGCAAAAACACGGCGAAUAAGAAAAUGCUCAAGGAUGCAUUCAGUUUACUUGCAUAUUCAGAUCCUUGGAGCAGCCCUGUCGGGAAUCAGCUGGACCCGAUACAGAGAGAACCCGUGUGCUCCGUACUCAACAGUGCAAUACUCGAGACUCACAAUCUGCCAAAGCAACCCCCGCUUGCCCUAGCCAUGGGCCAAGCCUCACAGUGUCUAGGAUUGAUGGCUCGGUCGGGCAUUGGGUCCUGCGCCUUCGCCACGGUGGAAGACUACCUACACUAGCUAUGCAUCCGGAGAGCCCAACGGCCACACGGCCUCUGCGACACGGAAAGUAGACCAGCUCUGCUGACUGGAAUUUGGAAUUUUAAUUAUGUACUAAGGACAAGUCUGUUGCUUUAUGUUGCUUCCUAGUUUACAGCAUGAUGCAAAUGAUUUCUAACUUAGCGUUAGGAGAAAAUUUCCAUCUUUAAACCUCUUAGACGACUAAGAGUUGAAAAAUACCACUGAUAAUGUCAGACAUCCAAAUUGAGGAGUUACCAAUCCUUUAAACGAUUGUCCAAAACAAACCAAAAAUCCUGCUACCUUGUGGUGGGACGGGAGACUAGAGAACACGGAUGUAUCAGCAUGUGGGUGAUGUAAACGUGGAGCAGGAUGACUUGCCAACCUCCACCCCCAUUGUUACAUAGUUCAAUCAGUGUAAUUUGCAAAAUGCAUAAACACCUGAUGGUUUGGAUAUAUAGUGUUGAUGGGAAGAAAUGAUAUUUUUUAAUGUGUACUGUAAAACUUGAAUUACUCAGGAGCUGAGUGAAUAUGUUUGUUGCUACUUACAAUCCCAACCUGUUGAUCUUAGUAGUUUUUUUUGUUUUAACAUGGUCUUUUCAACUUUGUUUCCUUGUUUAACUACAGACAGCUUCUGUUGUGUAGACUCACCAGUUUAACUGUUGUAUUAUAACAGUAUUACAUGUCAACACAGUGUGGUUAUGACCUAUUUAUAUAAAAACCAAAUAUUUAGUCAAUUUACAGUCUUAAUUUAAUCUUUGUACACCUUGCAUUUUUAAAAGUGCUUAAAUAGUACUAUAUUGCAAUAAAAUGUAGUGAUAUCAUAAUUAACCAGCCAUUAAAAACUUACUUCUACAUACACAGUA